CCCAGCCUGAGAGACUUGGUCGGAGUCGGAGAUGAAGACUUCAGGCUUGCGCGGGAAUCUGGCGGAGACUUUGAGUGAGUGCCAAUCAGGCUAGCUUUUGGACGGUUGAUGGCAGAAUGCAUUGGUAACGGCUUAGUUCAUGGGCUCAGUUUGGGCUCAGUUUAACCAUUUGUCCAUUUUCGUAUUUCUCGAUAAUCUUUAAUCUUGAUCAUGACUGGUGAUACGGCGAGUAUUCAAGUUGACCUGAAAGAGUUCGUGUUUGACCGCGUUCUGGAUGAAAACGCGCUCGCACAUACGUUAGCCGUCCUGGGCACAUUACCCUCGUCAUCGGCACCCUCUGUACCUCUUCGUGCCAUCCUUCGCUUCGAGCGCACGUCCCUGUCAUCUACUGUCGCUUCCCAGCUCUCAUCUGGUAUUCUUGAGUCUACCAAGAAGAUCGGAAACACUGACAUUUACUCGUGGUUCUUUGCAUGGCUUCACAAGCGCGAUGACUUCCCUGACGUGAAGAUCUAUGUCAUCUGCCCCGCUACUGACGUCCACGUCCGCAAGUAUACAAAGCAGGACGUGCUCAUGGUGCACGAGACCCCCGCCCUCUACCAGUCUAUUGUCAAACCAUACAUUCUCGCCUUCGACCCCGCACGCACACAAUGGGUCCAGGACAUCCUCGUAGGUACCGCUGAAGCAUCUAAUAUCCUAAAUGCCUCUUCGGACUUUCUCAUCCUUCCCGACAUGAAGUGGAACACAACCAAUGUCUCCGACCUCUACCUCCUCGCAAUUUAUACACACUCUGAUGUACACUGCAUGCGCGAUCUCCGCAAAAAGCCGCACUUGGAAAUGCUCAAGAACCUGCGGAGAGAUGCUUGGAGAGUUGUGCAGAGUAAGUGGGGUAUCGGCCGUGGUGGCGUCAGGAUGUACAUCCAUUAUCAGCCGAGUUAUUACCACUUUCACGUGCACAUUGUCCACACUGGUCAUGUCGGGUUGCACGGUAUGACGGUGGGGCAAGCUCACUUACUAGAUGAUAUAAUUGCGUUGCUCGAACUAGACGCUGACAAUGGCUCUUCUAUUCUUGAGCGCAUGACGCUUACUUACGGACUCGGCACAGAACAUGGGUUGUACAAACCCAUGGCUGCAGCACUUGCAGAGGUGCAUGAUACGGAUUAGAUGGUGAUGGAGUAUAUAGAGCCCCGACAGGGAACCAAAGAUACCGUAAAAAGCUAAAGGUCGAGGUUAGCAGGAAGUACGAACAGUGUAAUAAUAUGCAUGAAAAAAUCCUCAGACUCGAGUUCUGUGUAAUAAUAUCUAUAGUGUAGGUAGUAUCUAUCGUAGGGCUCGGCGCCAGCGGACAAGAAUCAAGGAUAAAAAAAUUAUCCUGUAAGAACGCACUGAUGUCCAUCAACCCCUCGGGAACGUAUUCAUCCUACUCCAUCUAUCCUUGAGAUGUUCAAAUGGCGGUAGUAAGGGCAAGCCGCAUCAUCAAA